GGCCUCCACGUGACCUGGCGUGCGGAGCGCGCACGCGGGAACCCGCGCUGGAGGCGGGCGAGGGCCGAGGGGCAGCUAGGGAGCGCGGCUUGAGGAGGGCGGGGCCGUUCCGCAGGCCCGCCAGUGUCCUCAGCUGCCUCCGCGCGCCAAAGUCAAACCCCGACACCCGCCGGCGGGCCGGUGAGCUCACUAGCUGACCCGGCAGGUCAGGAUCUGGCUUAGCGGCGCCGCGAGCUCCAGUGCGCGCACCUGUGGCCGCCUCCCAGCCCUCUCUGCCGGACGAGCUCUGGGCCGCCACAAGACUAAGGAAUGGCCACCCCGCCCAAGAGAAGCUGCCCGUCUCUCUCAGCCAGCUCUGAGGGGACCCGCAUCAAGAAAAUCUCCAUCGAAGGGAACAUCGCUGCCGGGAAGUCAACAUUUGUGAAUAUCCUUAAACAAUUGUGUGAAGAUUGGGAAGUGGUUCCUGAACCUGUUGCCAGAUGGUGCAAUGUUCAAAGUACUCAAGAUGAAUUUGAGGAACUUACAAUGUCUCAGAAAAAUGGUGGGAAUGUUCUUCAGAUGAUGUAUGAGAAACCUGAACGAUGGUCUUUUACCUUCCAAACAUAUGCCUGUCUCAGUCGAAUAAGAGCUCAGCUUGCCUCUCUGAAUGGCAAGCUCAAAGAUGCAGAGAAACCUGUAUUAUUUUUUGAACGAUCUGUGUAUAGUGACAGGUAUAUUUUUGCAUCUAAUUUGUAUGAAUCUGAAUGCAUGAAUGAGAUAGAGUGGACAAUUUAUCAAGACUGGCAUGACUGGAUGAAUAACCAAUUUGGCCAAAGCCUUGAAUUGGAUGGAAUCAUUUAUCUUCGAGCCACUCCAGAGACAUGCUUACAUAGAAUGUAUUUACGGGGAAGAAAUGAAGAGCAAGGCAUUCCUCUUGAAUAUUUAGAGAAGCUUCAUUAUAAACAUGAAAGCUGGCUCCUGCAUAGGACACUGAAAACCAACUUCGAUUAUCUUCAAGAGGUGCCUAUCUUAACACUGGAUGUUAAUGAAGACUUUAAAGACAAAUAUGAAAGUCUGGUUGAAAAGACGGAGUUUUGCUCUUGUUGCCCAGGCUGGAGUGCGAUGGCGCGAUCUCAGCUCACCACAACCUCUGCCUCCCAGGUUCAACCAGUUCUGCCUCAGCCUCCCGAGUAGGUCAAAGAGUUUUUGAGUACUUUGUGAUCUUGCUGAAGACUACAGGCAGCCAAAUGGUUCCAGAUACUUCAGCUUUGUGUAUCUUCGUAACUUCAUAUUAAUAUAAGUUUCUUUAGAAAACCCAAGUUUUUAAUCAUUUUUGUUUUAAGGAAAAAAGAUUUUUAAAAUGAAUCUUAUGCAAAACUUUUUGACCAGUUUCUUUUCUUUUGUUUUUUUUUAAAAAAGACAUUUAAAGACAAAGACAUUAUUUCUCAUAGCAGGAAAUGUAGAGGUAGAUGGUUCCAGUAUCAGCAUAGUGACUAAACUACAUUAUAAAAGAUCCAGCUUCCUUCUGUCAUUCCCCUCUUUUGUCUUCCUCAGCAGGUUGGCUUUUUUCCCUGGUGCCUCUCACCUCCUUGGUGACCAGUUUCUUAAACUGAAAGCUUUAAUGUUACAUAGUAAAUGGUAGUGUGUCCUGUGUAAAUUAGUGUACCUAUUAAAAGUUGCAAAGUGGAAUUAAAGGAAUCCCUAGAAUAAGGAUUCUGAAGUUUUAUUUUAAAUUAUUAUCUUCUUAACAGUAUAGUCCCACCUCUUACUUCCUGCCUCAGUCUGCUUUCUCUACUGUCUGGAUUAAUUAGGCAGCCUGCUAUAAAGUUAAAGUCACACAUUUCUAUUUUGCAAACACUGUGAUUACUCUUUGCUUUGUAGUUUGCUUUGCUUUGUAGGGUUCUGCUUUUAAGUUUUUCUCUUUUUCAGACAAAUUACUGAUAAAAAUGAUAUUGCCCUAUAUGUAAUAUAUCCUGAAAGCAUUAUUUUUUGUUGAAUAGGAAAUAAAAUUAAUGAAGACAGAGGCUAGAAAGCAUCCAUUAAUUAAUGAGACACACUUAACUACUUAUCUCUAAACCAUCUAUGUGAAUAUUUGUAAAAAUAAUGCAUGGAUUCAUCUUAGUUCUGUAUAUAAAUAUAUUUUCUUUCUAGUUUGUUUAGUUAAGGUGUGCAGUGUUUUUCCUGUGUAUUAAACCUUUCCAUUUUAUGUUUUAGAAAAUUUUAUGUAUUUUAAAAUAAGGGGAAGAGUCAUUUUCACUUUUAAACUACUAUUUUUCUUUCCAAGUCAUUUUUGUUUUUGGUUUCUUAUUCAAAGAUGGUAAUUUAGUGGAUUAACCAGUCCAGAUGCACUGAUCUUUGCAAAGGAGACUUAAUUUCAAAUCUGUAAUUACCAUACAUAAACUGUCUCAUUAUACGUAUGCAUUUUUUUAGUUUGUUUUUGUUUGGUACAAAUUAAUUUGUUAAUUAAAUAUUUCUUAAGUAUAAACCUCAUGAACUACAGUGGAGCUACACUCAUUGAAAUGUAAUUUCAGUUCUAAAAAGAUGUAAUAAUCAUUUUAGAAUUAAAAUUUAUUCUACUUUUAAAUAAAUUAUGAAUAUUAAAGGUGAAAAUUGUAUAAAUUACUUUGAUUCCAUUUUAAGUGGAGACAUAUUUCAGUGAUUUUUAGUAACCUUUAAAAAUGUAUAAUGACUUUUAAAAUUUGUAGAAUUGAAAAGACGCUAAUAAAAAUUUAUUAUUUAUUUGUCAUGACUCAAAA